AUGGCAGGACAAUGGGUUACCACCCAGGAAGUCAUUGACGAACUCAAUCGCGUCAAAGCGGAGAUGGCAACGUUAAAGGAAAGCUAUGUCGCGUCGUGCAUGGAGAUCCAAAGCUUGAAAUCCGCCAAGAAGACGUCAAAGGGGCCCAAGCCUCGCAAUGUCCGUGGCGUCUCCAGGAUGCAAAAUCUGGACGGCGAAGGGUUCGAGACCCCAGCGAAUCAUGCUGAUCUCGAAGAUGCUGAUGAUUCGGAAAAGGAAGAUGCUGAUGGCGGCGAGAAUGACGGUGCUAAUCCCUCGAAAGAGCUCGCCCAAGGCCGUCUUGAUGAUCCUAUCCAGCAGCGUCUCCAGCAACUGGAAGACAUGAUCGCUCGUAUCCCUGGUGUCCCCAGGCCUAUGGAAAAAGCUACUCCUAACAGUUAUGCUGAUUCUCCUUUUGCAGAUCCCAUCGCGUUGAUCGAGGUGCCCAAGAGGUUCUCUGUCCCAUCCAUGAAGCUGUAUGACGGCACCACCGAUCCUAAUGAUCAUGUCGCACAAUACAAGCAACGGAUGAUCACCAUUUCGAUCCCGAAAAAUAUGCGGGAAGCAUGCAUGUGCAAAGGCUUUGGCUCGACGCUGACCGGUCCAGCACUACAGUGGUUCAUUAAUCUCGAUAACGGGAUUAUUUAUUCUUUUGCUCAAUUAGUCAAUACUUUUAAUAUGCAAUUUGCUAGCAGUCGCAAAAUGGAAAAGCAAGCCAGCGAUUUGCACAGAAUUGUGCAAAAAUCUGACGAGUCUCUCAAAGAGUUUGUGAACAGGUUUAACAGGGAAAAGGUGUCCAUUCCAAAUUGCGACGCCCGGACGGCCAUUGAAGCUUUCAGGCGUGGCUUAGAUGAGGAGUCCGACCUCUACAAGGAGCUGACCAAGUAUCCUUGUCCGACGUUCGAGGAUGCUCAAGCCAAGGCCCUGGCGCAAAUCAGGCUGGAGGAAGACAUGCAGUCCAGAAAGGCUUAUGCCAAUGCUGACAGCCGGAAAGCAGCGUCCAGCAAGCAGACGUCGUGGCGUCAAAAGCCUUAG